CCCCCUUCCCCCUUUCACACUCGCUUCCAUUCCAUUUCCAUCCCCGCUACGCGCUGCGCCCCGCUCCGCGCCGCGCAAUGCCCGCCCACGCGCUCGCCGGGGGCCGCGCGCUGCGGCUUCCCAUCCCGCCGCGCUGACGAGGGGGCCUCUCGGUUGGGUGGACGCCGCUGCGGGUGUUUGUUUGGGUUCGGGGAAGGGGAGUGGCUGGUGAGGCGAUGGGGGAGCGGCAGGAGGGGAAGCGGCGCGGGGUGGAGGACGGGAAGUGGAAGGGGACGGGGAAGGCUAAGCCCAAGGCUAAGGCGGUGGUGGCGGAGGACGCGGCGCCGGCGACCGGGUGCUGGAUCCGCUUCCCGCGCCUCCGCGGCUGCAUGUCGUCGCGCGCCAAGGUCGACUCCUCCACCAGUGGCGGCGGCGGCGGCGAAAGCAAACUAGCUACUGACGGCUGCCAAGACCAAUCAAUCCCACCAGCCUCUGGUUCCACCACAACCAGUAACACCGGAAGUCUCUCACCUUCUUCCAUAGUUGGAGAGGAGCUUAAACUAGCUUUCCAACUGCGUAGAUUUACUUUUAAUGAACUGAAGUGUGCCACGAGAAACUUCCGACCUGAGAGUCUUCUUGGUGAGGGAGGUUUUGGCUGUGUCUUUAAAGGAUGGAUUGAGGAGAAUGGAACUGCUCCUGUUAAGCCAGGCACUGGAUUAACUGUUGCUGUCAAGACACUCAACCAUGAUGGGCUGCAGGGGCAUAAAGAGUGGGUGGCAGAAGUUGAUUUUCUUGGAAACCUUCAGCAUCCACACCUAGUGAAAUUGGUCGGUUACUGCAUUGAAGAUGACCAGAGGCUGCUUGUAUAUGAAUUUAUGCCCCGUGGAAGUUUGGAGAAUCAUCUUUUUAGAAAGUCAUUGCCUCUCCCAUGGGCCAUUAGAAUGAAAAUUGCUCUUGGUGCUGCCAAAGGCCUUGCUUUUCUUCAUGAAGAAGCCGAAAGACCAGUAAUAUAUCGGGAUUUCAAAACAUCCAAUAUUCUUUUAGAUGCGGACUAUAAUGCGAAACUCUCUGAUUUUGGACUUGCUAAAGAUGGUCCUGAGGGUGAUAAGACUCAUGUGUCAACUAGAGUCAUGGGAACAUAUGGAUAUGCUGCGCCUGAAUAUGUAAUGACAGGUCACCUGACAUCGAAAAGCGACGUAUAUAGCUUUGGUGUGGUGCUACUAGAGAUGAUGACCGGUAGAAGGUCAAUGGACAAGAACAGGCCAAAUGGGGAACACAACCUGGUUGAAUGGGCUCGCCCCUAUCUUGGAGAACGGCGCCGAUUCUAUAAGCUUGUAGAUCCCCGUUUGGAUGGGAACUUCUCGAUAAAAGGAGCUCAGAAGACAGCUCAGCUGGCUCACGCCUGCCUCAGCCGUGAUCCCAAGGCUAGGCCUCUGAUGAGCCAAGUGGUAGAGGUCCUGAAGCCUCUCCAGAACCUCAAGGACAUGGCCAGCUCUUCCUACUUCUUCCAGUCCAUGCAACAUGAGCGGCGCACAGCCCUUGCCAGCCCACAUGGCAGUCAAAGCAUGAAGGCGCAGAGCACCUUUGCACGGAACGGGCAGCAGCCGCUGAGGAGCCUCUCAUAUGGUCCUCAUGCUUCCCCGUAUCGCCAGUCCCCAAGGCCUGAUGGCAAGCGGCAGUGAGACUCAUGGUGAUCAUCUGCCUACAGUGAUCAAUUUCAGACCUGCGUUCCAUCCUGAAUCGGUGGAUCGAUAGGACCUGCCAUGCAUUACGUCCGUGGCAUCUUAGCUCCCUAUGCCGUGGACGAUAAAGCAACAAGGAUGAUUGAAAAUUUCGCAGAUAUCAUCUGCGGUGUGAAAAUUAUUUCUUGUUAUUGCUUAGAUGUUAGCUGUCCUAUGUUUACAACUCUUGAUUCCUUGACUCGAAAGGUGGGAUCAAACAGGGUUUUGGUCGUCUUUCAAACAAUGCUCUUAAGGCAGCAGUAGGAAUUGUUCCAUCCAGAGAAACCAUCAAUAGGUAAGUCUGUUAUAUCCGUGUAUGACUCUGAUCUGUUAUUCAAACUGUCGGUGGCUUUGUACUUAA